ACGCUACUCUCACACAAAAACAAUUCGUGGACUCAAAUUCCUAUUAAUAUAAGAAAAAUAAUUGCAUAAUAUAUUUGAAACACAAAACUCGGUGUGAAAUAUAUAUAUAUAUAUAUAUCAAAGGACAUGGCGUUUGCCAUAUACUUGCAUCGGGACAACUUCCAGCCCGAAGAGCCCCUCAUACUCGACAAGAAUAUAACCGCCGAAUCCAACGUUAACUUCACUUUUGUUGAUUUCGUGCCUUGCGUUAUCAAACGAUCCGGUACAGUUAUACCACAGUGCGAGGUUCAAUACCACACAUUCAGGGAAAAACACAAUGAUGGAUACGGCGAACCUAUGGCUACAGAGAAACCCCGAUUGGGAAGUCAUAAACUGCGAGACAGUUAUUCUGCUCUAUAAAUACAACGAUCAACAGAAUUGC